ACUAUUGAAAGCUAUGAAAUAAUACAACACAAAAACACCCCCGACCACAAAAAAGAAAGAGAAGGAAAGGAAGAGAAAGCCCACACACAUUCUAGUUUUAAGCUACACCCUGAUCAGAGAAGAAACACAAUCAGGACAGCAUGAGGACGAUAAUUACUAUGAUGAUCAUUCUGUUCAUGACCUGUGUGGUUGCAGUGUCAGGCCACAGCAAAAUCAGGCAGAAGAGAGAUUGGAUUGUUGACUCCUUCACUAUAGAGGAAGAAAGCCCUGGCCCUUUCCCAUAUCCACUCGGCAUCAUUAAUGUGGACAGGAAAUAUUUAGUAGAAUUCAGACUCACUGGCAAGGGUGUUACUGAAAAGCCCAAAGGUGUGUUGAGUAUCGACAAAAAUACUGGUGAGGUUCUUGUGCAUAAAAAAGUUGACUACGAGCGCGAUACAUUUCUCACGCUCAAGUUUGAAGCAAUAGAUGUCGCUUCGGAAAAAGUGGACACAAGGCUCGGUGUUGAGAUCAAGGUCCAGGAUAUUAAUGAUCAUGCCCCUGUUUUUAAACCUCGUAACAGUGAAACCACACUUGAUGAGUCUUAUCCUCAAGGUAAAUCAGUUACAACAGUCUUUGCAUCAGAUGGUGAUGAUUCAUCAACCCCCAAUGGAACCUUCACAUUCAGACUUGUCUCCGCCACCCCAGAAACAGAUAAUGUUGAAUUUUAUAUAAGACAGAACAACAACAUAGGAAAUAUUUAUUUCAAAGGCUGCUUGAAUUAUGAGAAAGCACAGAAAUAUACCCUCCAAAUCGAAGCCAAAGAUCAUGGGGACAAAGUUCAGCUGUCCAGCACAAGCACAGUGGUCCUGAACAUCAUCGACCAAAACAAUCACCUCCCUGAAAUCACUGGUCACACAGGUAAUGGAACAAUAAAAGAACGAGAUAGUGGAGUGGAAGUUCUGCGCUUGAAUGUCAGUGACAAAGACAGUCCAGGUUCACCAGCCUGGAAAGCUAAAUUCACCCUUCAUGGAGAUAAGGAAAACUAUUUUAAAAUCCAAACCGACCCCAACACUAAUGAAGGAAUCCUGACUGUUGUAAAGGCAAUGGAUUAUGAGAAGCAAACUUCAAAAAAUGUGUCAAUCAGUGUGGAAAAUGAAGUGCCCUACUUCUUCUGUAAGGUGAAAAAACGUCCUCCGCAAAGUUUAUGGGACAUAGAGACUUCUGCUGAAGGGUCCAGCACAGGUGCACCUAAGCGUUACCCAGUCACAAUUUUUGUUGAGGACAUCAACGAACCACCAAAAUUUGUACCACCUAUUCAAGUAACAAUGAUCAGGGAGAAUACAAAAGUAGGAACCUCCUUUUACACCCUUACAGCCAUCGACCCAGAUGUGUCAUCUGGAGGUUUAUUUCACUUUGUGAAAAGAGAAGAUAAAGAUAACUGGGUGACUGUAGAUCCAAAAACUGGCAAAGUUUCUGUGGCCAAGCUUAUGGACAGAGAAUCACCAUUUGUGAACAACAGUGGCUACAGUGUCAUCAUGCAUGCUGUGGAAAAUGCUCAACCUUCACUAACAGGUACAGGGACGCUGGUCAUCCAUCUUUUAGAUGAGAAUGAUAAUGUACCACUGUUGGCAGUGAACAAAGCAAAUAUGUGUUUGUCAGACAAGGAAACCAAGACUAACAUCACUGCUGUAGAUCUGGAUCUUCAACCAUACAGUGCACCAUUCCACUACGAGCUCCUGGGAGAUGUCAAGGGAAAAUGGAGAAUCGAACCAAACUCUGGCACAACUGUGAACCUAAUCCGAGAGAAGAACGUCUAUUCAGGCCCUUAUGAGUUUCAGGUCAAAAUAUCCGACAGCCAGGGCUUUGGUUUAGUCCAAAACCUGUCCGUCACUGUGUGUAACUGCAGCAUCACACCCAGCUGCGAUGUUCGCAGAUACAUGACUGCAGGGCUGAGCCUUACUGCCAUUGGGAUCAUAAUCUUUGCUUUGUUGUUACUGCUAGUGUCUCUUCUGGUGGCUUUUUUAAUAUCCUGCAAAGAGAAGAAAUUUAUUAUCUCAACUGAUGAGGCUGCUGACAGUUAUCUUCUUAAAUAUAACACUGAGGCACCUGGCACUGACCAGAAGGUGCCAAAUAAAAUAACCCAAAUGGGCAUGAGCGAGAACAGUGUGAAAACUUAUAAUUCUCGAGGAGCUCAAAAUGGAAUUUCCACACCGGAGUCAGUGCUUCACAAGGUACAGGUUUCCCAUCAAAGAUUUGCAACAUCAACUGAACAAAAUAUGAGCAGGAGAACUCUCCAAAGGAGUUCAACACAACGGUCAUACCAGGAGAUCAAGCAGUAUGAUGCGAUGGGCACAAUGAGCAGAAAGUACUCUACCUACUCCUCAGAUGUCUCUCUGAGACAUAAACUGUCCUUUCUGCUUGAGCAGCGUCUCCUCCAAGUUGAAACGCAAGAGGACCUAUGCGAUUAUGAGCCACACUGCUAUGCAAACGAAGGAGAAUCUGAGACAGAUGAUGACCUCGAUACCAGCUCAAUUUUGGAGAUAGAUUUUGAUCCAGACAUCCUUACAAAUUUAGAUUUCCGAUUCAAGGAUUUGGCAACAGUGUGCAGGCCUGAUCUGUCAUAGUUUGAGUAAAAACCUAAACACUAAUAAUCAGUAAAUGUUUUUGCUCACCCUUUGAGAGAAGCUUAUGGUUUUGGUGUAUGCUUACAUGACACUGAGAUAUGCAGGUGAUCCUGAUUUAGCAUACCUAUCUCAUGGAUGGAUCGAUGGACAAUGUGAUUAUGUUCUACUAGGUUACUUGCAGGAAGAGAGAAAAUAUUUAGAGAGAAAAUAAAACUGAUGUGGGUUUACAUGGUUCUCUGCAUUGAGAAUGGUUAAAGUGAUAGGGGUCGAAUGAUUCAAGCUCAAGCAAAAAGGACUUUAUUUGUAAAAAAAAUCUCCCCUGUUUAAUCUACUGUUGUUUAAGCUGUCCUGGUGGGGAAAAUGGAUUUGUUCCAAGCUUAGGUCACUACCUGUGUGGAGUUUCAUAUGUUCUCCUUGUGUCUAUGAGGAUUUCCUCCAGGUUGUCCAGUUUCCUUCCACCUCUUUAAAACAUACAUAUAUGGCUACUCAACAUUAGUUCUAGGUUUGGAUAAGAGUGUGUGUGUGUGUGUGUGUGUGUGUGUGUGUGUCUGUGUACACACUGAUAUCCCACCCAGGGUGUAUCCCCUUUGGACAUAAUGUGUACAAUUGUACACACGAAGUUCCAGAGCAUUUUAGUUCCAUAGCAUUUUUCCUUGUGUCCAAAGGGGGUAUGCCUGACUUCAGGAGCGAUUUCUCAGAGACAACAAGGGAAGCCGAGCUUCCCCUAAAAUUCUCUCCCCAAACUGCGGCAUCUAUGACGUUGAAUUCUCAUUAAAACAAUAACUUGCAUAACAUAAUAUAUGCCCAAGAUUGUAUUUACGUUCAUAACUAUCCUGUAACUUAUUUGAGUGAUGUCUGACGAACUUGCAGUUCGCUACGAGAAUCACCUUUGCUGCCAGGCUGUAACCAGCAUUGCCAGAUACUGCUGACAUUUUCCAGCCAAAAUAUGUUCAAAACCCACCAAAAUGCACUUAAAACCACCCAAUCUGGCAACACUGGCUGUAACCUUUCUUAUUUCAAUGGGCUCUAUGGACUGGCAGCCGGGUAUCCGUUGCAGUCUAUGAGACGGCUCUGAACAGCCAAUUUCGGCUAGUUGUUAUUGGUUAAAAUUGACAAAAUCGUCACUUCCAGGGAAGCCGGGCUUCUCUGGGACUAAACGAGACAGUGGGAGGGGCAAGAAGCCGGGCUGAUGAACGAUUAUUGGAGGUAGUGUUUGAAAGACAUGAGGAGGGCAGGCUCUGUACUUCGGCCUCGGCGAGGAACACGGCAGCAUGAUCAGUCCCUAGCGGAUGUCGAGAAAGUGUAGUCGUGUGCCAAAGUGCUGUCCGAAUUUCUUUUCAUAUAAACGUUUCUUCUCAUUGAUGUCUCUGUACAUUACUCUGUAAAUAAAUGUAAAUAUUACGCGUUGUGCUCCAUUAACUUUCAUCUAUUCUAUCAGUUUGAUCAUUCGCGAAUUCACUCGUUUAUUUCAUUUGUAGUUCAAUCUGGUUGUAGGCUAGCUUGAGCCUUAUUGGGAUCUGCAGUGCUAGCUGCUAACAGAAAUUGGUGAAGUCUCUGGAAAGCACAACCAGCUAGUAUGACAGGGUCACAGACCAUUUUCUGGAAAAGGAGCAGAGGGCAGAAUUUGUGCAUAAAUAGUGUGCAUCAUAUAAUGUUCAUGAAUCUGAAGUGUGUAUAUUGUUCAGUAAUGUUAAGAGAAUGGUGGGCUCUGUGUUAUAGGUUAUACCUGGGUAUAAUAUUCAAGGUUCUGUGUGUUGCAUAGCCUACCUGGUUAUGAAUUUCCAGACUGUGUUGCAGAAGAUGUUCAAGGAUGUGUUACACAGCUGGGUGUUGUGUUAAAGACUCUGUGUUGCAUAUCAGGGUAUGAUGUUCAAGGCUCUUCGUUGAAUAGCCAGUGAUUUUUGGAUGUUUGAUAUUUUUGAUUAAGGAUAUGAGGCACUAGCCUGGCAAGCCAGACUAUAACAUGAAAUGUACAAGCAAAAAUACUUUCUGCCACUAGGUAGGGUUGUCUAGUUCACUAUGCUAAUGGGGCACACCUUUCUAUGCUUUGAUAUCCGGCCUACAGGUUUUACGAUGAAUACGUAAAAUGGGCUUCCCGUUUUAAAAACCAGCAGCCGCCACUGCCUGACUUGCUUCUGGUGUUUCUGGUAUAGGUUGUGGAUCCACUGAGGGUAAAGGACUUACUGAAGAAAAAUGAAUGCUUAAGAAUGAAUGAAAAAUGGGAGCAAUAUUUUUGAAAGCUGUUUUAGAGAAGAUAAUUUUGGGUGCAGUUAUAAUGGCUUUUGUAAAGUUCUACAUUAGGAGUUAGUAGAAGAUUUUAAACUCAAAGGACUCAGACUCUUGGGAAAGACCAAAGAAUUUACUUGA